AUGAUAGCGGGGGAAGGCUCUAGUCUCACAUUGCGGCUGCAGCGACUCUACGAGUUAAUUGCGAUUUCGAUAGAAAACGACACCGGACAUGAUGCUCGGCGCGUACCUCAUCCCAAUUUUUUAGUGGACGUUGCUCAAGAAUACAGCAACAUCCUGGGCGAGGCCGCUUCACUGCCGGCCAUGCAAGAUUCCCCUGCAGUGAUCUACGAGGCACUUCGUGUGGUAACACUGUUGUUAGCAUUUGAAAGCCAUGGUAGCAGUGGUAUGUCAAUAAGCACGGGGCUGGCCACAAAGAUAACUAAUUGUGUCUUGGAAGGCAUUGAGCGACUAAACGUUCUAUUCGCCAUGAAGCAACCUUUUUCUUUGCCACAGCCGUUACGGGAGGAAUUGCUCACGGUGGUGCGCUUGUUGAUUUGCCCAGUAGUGCAACAUCAGUCAGAAUCUGAUCAAAAUUCUUUAUCCAACUCCCAUUCUUCAGGUGUCAUAAAUGCGAUGGCCGAAAUGGCACGGCUCCAGCAUGCAUUGAUAGAUCGCCGGCUCUUGUGUGCUCGCUUGCUAAUUGAGCGUGGGUUGGGUUGCUGCAGAGAUAUGGAGGAACUUCUUUCGUCGUCCUUUGUUUACGGCAGUGUGCUGCAGCAGUUUCUUCUUCAGACUCUACAGGAAGAGUUUACCACGAUGCGACGCCACGCGAGUGGUUCAACGACCGCUUUAAAUGGAGUGACAGAUGAGUUUACGGGCGAAAUUGAGGAGGGUGGUGGCGGUAGCAGUAGCUGUGGCGAAAACUGUUUUUGUUACUACGCUCUUUUUUUUUUAUCGGAGAAUGGUGUUUCUACGCGAUCUAGACGAAGUCCCUCGACGACUUCAAACUUUUCCACAGGAUGCAAUACACCAAGCUACCGCCAUACCAGCGAUGAUCACGGCAGGCAGUUACGUGUUGGUAACCGACGCAGCAACACAGCUCGACGGCUUGUGUGCAAAAAGGGUCCAGCGGUGCUCUGCUCACUCGCUGUUUUGGCUUCUCUCGGUACGGGGACGGCGUGUCAGGGAGAGACGGCAUCCCAGGAAAACUGUGACAAAACCUCAGAUUUCGUUGACUUUGUUGGGGAUCUUGUGAGCGUUUGCGCUGUCGUCGUCCGCCCAUUUCUAAUGGAGCAGUUGGAAUUGAUGGAACAAAUGCGGCAGGAGACAACUUCACUUUCUCCGAAGCCACAAUCUCUUCGUGGAGUUCAGCCGCGUAUAAAUGAGGAUUUGGUGAGGUACCGCCGAUACAGCGAUGUGGUGGAGCGAUUUCUUUUCUGCUGGGACUCUUCAUUCAUUCGGAAGCCCUUUCCGCCCAAAUCGCCGAAGUGCGCGCCGUUGCCAUUGCUGGGAGGGACAGAAUUGUUGGAGGAAAGGACGAAGAAGAAAGAAGAGGAGGCUCUUUUGCAGGAUCGCGUUCCCACAACGGGGCCUGAGAGGGAAGAAAAGAGAAAGACACCGUGGGUGCCUGUGGUACCCGCGUUGGCAGCACAUCUUGCAUUACCGAUCUCAGACGACGAUGAGGUGACAUUGUUGGAGGUGGUCUCACUUUUCACAGAGGUGAAGCAAUUUCGGGAGGCCGAGCGUGAGGCGCUAUGGAAUCAGUGGAUGCGGUUGCGUGAAAAAACCACGACAUUAGCUGCGGAUGUUGCACGCAUGCAGCAGCGCCUCAACUCCAUUCUAGAGUUCAAGGUUUUUCUUUCUUCCUUCCAUGCUGUUUCCAUAGACGAUCUUGAGUGGGAGUGGGAGAAUCGAAUUAGUCAGCGUUUGCAGGAAUUGCGGGAGGAGAUGCGCCGUGUCCAAGAGGAGCUGGUGGAAAAACAGGAGCAGGGGCCACAGCUGUCUCGAGUCGAAAAGUGA